CAAAACAUAAGUGUUGGUAUAUUCCUGGUUAGGUCUUACUGUUCAUUUAAAAAGUUUUGUGAAUGUGUUUUUUAUGCAAUGAUGUCGAAUACAAUAAAAUUUAAAGAUUCAGAAAUUCAAGGCAGAGAGGAUAUUUCUUGGCAUGGAAAAAAAUAUUACUCAUUUUUAGGAAUUCCGUAUGCUGAGCCACCAAUUGGAGAUUUGAGAUUUUUGCCACCGAAACCAGUGAAAAAUUACCCCAAACAUAUUGACGCCACUGAAUUUAAAAAUUGUUGUAUUCAGUACUACGGACCAAAACUGAUCAUUGGUAGUGAAGACUGUCUAUAUUUGAAUAUCUUCAUCCCAAAGCUUCCUUCUCCCAAAACCUUACUACCUGUUAACUUUUUCAUACAUGGUGGAAGUCAUAGAACAUUUUCUUCUAAUACCAUCAUGCCUCUUUUAUUAAUCGAGUACGAUUUUAUAACCGUGACUUUUAAUUACAGACUGCAUGCUCUAGGUUUCUUAAAUUUAGGUAUGCCUGACUGCCCUGGAAACGUUGGUUUAAAAGAUCAAUUGUGUGCUUUACAAUGGGUUAAAGAUAAUAUUAAAUAUUUCGGCGGUGAUUCUGACAAUAUUACGUUAUGUGGGAUGAGUUCAGGAGCCUCUUCAGCUCAUAUGAUGGUCAUGUCUCCUUUGUUUAAGAAUCUAUCAAAAAAAUUAAUUUUAUGCGGUGGGCAUGCCCUAAGUGCUUGGAAUUUUAACCCAUCUCCGUUGAAAUUAGCUUUCAAAUUGGGUCGUAAGUUUGGAUACGAUGGCAACGAUAAGGAAACACUUUUAAAUUUACUGAAAUCCAUUUCAGCAGAGAAGUUAGUAGAAGCCACGAGAAUGAUUGGUAAUGAAAACUUGGAGAUGCCAAGCUGUCAUUCGUUUCAACCAUCAAUCGAAUGCAUCAAAGAAGGUGCUUUUCUACCAGACCAUCCAAAAAAUUUAUGGAAAAAUGUAAAUUCUGUAUCGAUAAUUAAUGGCAUAAAUGAAAAUGAAGGAAUAUAUUUCUUGAGGAGUUUAGAAUUUUACAGACUUGCAUCUCACUUUGAAACACUGAAAGUAAUAAUUGCAGACUUGACCUCUGUAAGAAAGGAAUUCUUGGAAAACAUGUUCGAAGAAAUAAUUUCAUUUUAUAAAAUAACCGAGGCAGACAAUCAAGAAAAUUUCGAUGCUAAACUAAGACUCUUCACCGAUUUAAUUCUCAAAGACUACUAUACUUCCUUUGAUUUUUUACAUAAAUCUUCCCAUUCGUAUUCAAUUUUCAACUACAGAUUUACAUACUGCGGAGAAAAUAAUAAAAUGAUGAAUAUGUGGCGACGUCAAUUGAAAUGGGAUAUCAAAGGGACUUAUCAUGUGGAUGAGUAUGGCUAUGCAGUGAUAAACAAAGACUUUCACUUGUCAGGAAAAGAUAUGGAAGUAGCACACAGCAUUUGUACAUUAUGGGGUAAUUUCAUCAAAUACGGGAAUCCGAACAGAGAAAUUCGCAAUAAUCUAUGGCUUCCGUCAACUGAAGAAAUGCCCUGUUAUUUGGAAAUUGGUGAAAAAUUACACUUGAGAAAUGGAUACACGAAUCCAGAACAAGCAGCAUUUUGGAAAUAUUUAACGUCGAAAUAUUAUUUAUGAAAUCUGUACCUACCUAUGUACUUUACUUCCAGCCUUUCACUCGAUAAAAUGAACUCGAUCACAAAAAAAAAUCAAAAUUCGAAAAAAUUCAAAAAAACAAACGAAUUUUAAUUUUUUUGCUAUGAGUGUAAUUUUUAUCAACUUUUUCAUGAAAUACGUCAGAAAGCUAGGUCACAAUAAGACAACAGAAUAAAUUUAAACGUUUUUUGAUGUUUGGAAUUGAAAAUUGAAUUUCUUAGAAUUUUGAUUUUUUUAUGCAUGAUGAGUUCAUUUAAUCGAGUGAAAGUGGGUUUUCAACGGGUACGUAAAAUGUUUUAAAUUAAAAAAAUCGCAUUUUUUCGCAAA